AUGCGGAACAACAACAGACGUGAAAAUUGAAUUUGUUGCAGUCAAGAAGCCCUUGAUGGACGACAGUCACUUCCCUGAAUAAAUGCCUCUCGUCAGCACCAGCAGUUAAUGUCGUAAUAAUUAUAAUUUUUAUAUUGAUGUACGCGAUGUAUGGAACAUGGUUAGUUCUCCUUAUACUUUCCCAAACGCAUGGACGUUGUUUGUGCCAAAAUCGUACCACAAACUUCAGACCCAACAUUGUGAUGGUGAUGUCCGAUGCAUUUGAUGGGCGGCUGACCUUUGACCCUGGGAGUAGGGUGGUCCAGUUACCAUACUUAAACUAUCUCCGGGAGCUAGGCACUGUCUUCAUCAAUGCCUACACCAAUUCUCCAAUCUGUUGCCCCUCAAGAGCAGCUAUGUGGAGUGGUCGCUUUGUCCAUUUAACUGAGUCCUGGAAUAAUUAUAAGUGCCUGGACCCCAAUGCCACAACGUGGAUGGACCUGCUCCAACAGAAUGGCUAUAACACCUUGAGUGUUGGGAAGCUGGACUAUACUUCAGGAGGUCACUCUGUCAGUAAUCGUGUGGAGGCAUGGACGCGAGAUGUGCCUUUCCUUCUGCGGCAAGAGGGCCGGCCGGUGACAGACCUGGUUGGGGACGCGUCCACAACGAGAGUCAUGUCCAAGGACUGGAGAACCACGGACAUUGCCACCCAGUGGAUCCGCCACAAAGCUGCAGCUCUCUCCAAGCCUUUCGCCCUCUACCUGGGCCUGAACCUGCCACACCCCUACAUCACAGACUCCUUGGGGCCCAACGCUGGGGGGUCCACCUUCCGCACCUCUCCUUACUGGCUCGAAAAGGUGAUGCCUGAAUUAAUCUCUAUUCCAAAAUGGCUGCCGUUGUCCGACAUGCACCCUGUGGACUACUACUCCACCUUCACCAAGAACUGCAGUGGGAACUUCACAGAGCAGGAGGUCAGAAAGAUACGGGCCUUCUACUACGCUAUGUGUGCCGAAACAGAUGCCAUGCUGGGCCAGGUGAUCUCAGCUUUGCGGGACACAGGCUUGCUGGACACCACAGUGCUGCUCUUCACGUCUGACCACGGCGACCUGGCCAUGGAGCACCGACAGUUCUACAAGAUGUCCAUGUUUGAGGGCAGCUCCCAUGUCCCCCUGCUCAUCAUGGGGCCUGGGGUGAAGUCUGGCCUGCGGCUGAGUCAGCUAGUGUCCUUGGUGGACAUCUAUCCCACUGUGCUGGAGAUGGCAGGCGUAGCAGUGCCAGGUGGCCUUAGUGGUCAUUCACUCCUGCCUUUGCUGUCUCAGUCUGCUGCCCGGCCCGCACGGCCUCGCCCAGACUGGGUAUUGAGUGAAUACCACGGUUGCAAUGCCAACGCCUCCACCUAUAUGUUGAGGGAGGGCCGGUGGAAGUACAUUACCUACGCAGAUGGUGUGAGUGUCCCCCCGCAGCUAUUCGACCUAACGGUGGACAAAGAGGAGCUUCACAAUGUGGCGUCCAAAUUCCCUGAUGUGUGUCGUCACCUGGACAAGCUGCUGCGCAGCGCAGUAGACUACCCCCAAGUCUCUCAGGCAAUCUGUCUCUACAAUAAGCAACAUUUUGCUGCAUGGCGAAAGAGUCUUGGUGACAAUUAUACCCAAGUCAUUGCAAACCUGCGUUGGCAUGUGGACUGGCAAGAGGAUGUGGAGAACAAUGAGAAAGCCAUCGAUGAGUGGCUCAUGACAUCUGGGUUCUCUUCUGAAAAGCUCAAAGUAUCUAUGUUUUAACUGGCCUGCUGUAUUAGAAAAGCACCAAAAUAAAGAUGUCAUGCCAAACAUGACUACCAAUAACUGCACAAUCCACAACAGUGCUGCAAAUUGAAAUGAUAAUUCUGGUCAAAAUGUGAGAACACACACCCCUGUAGUUAAAGCGUAAUUAUAAUUCACUUGUUUCUUUGUUUUUUUACUCUGGUAAGAUUGUGGGCGGCAGGUAUAGUCGUGUUGGGCAAGGAACCGAAAGGUCGCUGGUUUGAAUACCCGAGGUGACGUGGUGACAAAUCCUUCGAUAUGCCCUUAAGCAAGAUACUUAACUUACUUAUGUCAGUGCUCCAGUGGCACGAUACUACUAUUGGAUGACCCUGUAAAACAAUACAUUUCACUGCACCUAUCCAGGGUGUAUGUGACAAUGAAACAUAAAAUAAAUAUAUUGUAUGUCUGGUAGAUUUUAUUGUUCUAUAUUAAAUUCACUUCUGGUCCUGGAGAGUUGUUGGCUUUUGUUACAGCCCAGCAGUAAAGCUCUUGUAAAUAUUGGGCCGCAUCAACCAAAGAUUAUGGAUAUACUGACAAGAUACGUUUCUCCGCCCUAACAAUGGGAGUCCUUGUCCACACAGGCAAGGCGGGCUGUCUUGCUCCCGCCUAUCCUUUCUUUGGAUUGGAUACAUCUUGUUAUUGUAAUCCCCUUUUGAAUAUUCAAUGAGGGUUAUUGACAUCAAAUUCCUAUGUUCAAUGGAGAGAGAUGCUAUGCCACUAGCCUCAUGACAUGAAUAUACAUCGCCAUCUGAUCUUCAAAAGGUUCUACAGCUGCACCAUUGAGAGCAUUGCAUCACUGCCUGGUAUGGCAAUUGCUCGGCCUCUGACCGCAAGGCAUUACAGAGGGUAGUGCGUACAGCCCAGUACAUCACCGGGGCCAAGUUUCCUGCCAUCCAGGACCUCUAUACCAGGCGUUGUCUGAGGAAAGCCCUAAAAAAAUUCAAAGACUCCAGCCACCCUAGUCAAAAGACUGUUCUCACUGCUAACGCACGCAAGCGGUACCGGAGCGCCAAGUCUGGGUCCAAGAGGCUUCUAAACAGCUUCUACCCCCAAGCCAUAAGACUGUAUCGGUACACCCUGUAUAUAGCCUCGCUUUUGUUAUUUUACUGUUGCUCUUUAAUUAUUUGUUACUUUUAUCUCUUAUUUUUGUAGUUAUUUUUCUUAACUGCAUUGUUGGUUGAGGGCUUGUAAAAGUAAGCAUUUAACCUGUUGUAUUCGGCGCAUGUGACAAAUACAAUUUGAUCUAGA